GGUCCCAGAAGAGCUCCGCGGCCUCCUCGCCAUGUCCCCGCUGACGGCGGUCGCGCUCGCGGUGCUGGUGGCGCUGCUGACGGCGCGCUGGUGGCGGCGCCGCCGCCUCGUCGCCCUCAUCGAGCGCAUCCCGGGGCCGUUCGCGCUGCCCAUCCUCGGCAACACCCUGGAGCAGACGGUGGAGCACGACGAGCUGUUCGGCCGGCUCAACGGCAUCACGCAGCUCUUCGGCCGGCAGCACGGCAUCUGCCGCACGUGGUUCUGCUCGCAGCCGUACGUGGUGCUGAGCUCGCCCGCCGCCGUCGAGGCCGUGCUCGGCUCCAACCGGCUCACCGACAAGAGCGACGAGUACCUGUACCUGCGGCCGUGGCUCGGCACCGGGCUGCUCACCAGCUCGGGCGCCAAGUGGCACCGCCGGAGAAAGGUGCUGACACCCGCCUUCCACUUCCGCAUCCUCGACGACUUCAUCGACGUGUUCCGGGAGCAGGCGGCCGUGCUGGCCGACAAGAUGGAGGCGCUGGCCGGCGACCCCGAGGGCUUCAACGUGUUCCCGCUCGUCACGCUCUGCACGCUGGACAUCAUCUGCGAGACGGCCAUGGGCCGCAAGGUCAACGCGCAGGUGGACAGCGAGUCGCCCUACGUGCGCGCCGUGUACGACAUGGCCGAGAUCGUGCUGACGCGCCAGUCCACCGUGUGGUACCAGCCGGACUGGCUGUUCCACCUCACGCCCAUGUACCGGCGGCAGCAGCGCUGCCUGGCCGACCUGCACGGCUUCUCCACCAAGGUGAUUCGCGAGCGCAAGGCCGAGAUCCUGGACGAGGCGCGGCUCAAGGGCCGCCCCGGCCGCGGCGGCGAGGACGACCUCGGCUCCAAGCGCAGGCUCGCCUUCCUCGACCUGCUCAUCGAGGCCUCGCAGGGCGGUGCGGUGCUGUCCGACGACGACAUCCGCGAGGAGGUGGACACGUUCAUGUUCGAGGGCCACGACACGACGUCGGCGGCCAUCUCGUGGUGCCUGUUCCUCAUCGGCUGCGACCCGCACGUGCAGCGCCAGGUGCACGCCGAGCUGGACGACAUCUUCGCGGACGACCCCGGCCGCGGCGUCACCAUGAAGGACCUGGCCGAGAUGAAGUACCUCGAGUGCUGCAUCAAGGAGGCGCUGCGGCUGUACCCGAGCGUGCCCGCCUUCGCGCGCAGCCUCCGCGAGGACACGCAGAUCGGUCCGUACACCGUGCCCGCCGGCACCACGGCCAUGCUCGUCAUCUACAUGCUGCACCGGAACGCCGAGGUGUUCCCGGAGCCCGAGGUGUUCGACCCGGACCGCUUCCUCCCCGACAACUGCGUCGGCCGCCACCCGUUCGCCUACGUGCCGUUCAGCGCCGGCCCCCGCAACUGCAUCGGCCAGAAGUUCGCGCUCCUGGAGGAGAAGUCCGUCCUGUCGGCGCUCUUCCGGAGGCUGCGCUUCGAGUCUCUGGACCGCAGGGAGGACCUGACGCUGCACGGAGAGCUCAUCAUCAGGCCCAAGGACGGGCUGCGGGUGCGAGCGCACCGCCGGGCGUAGCCCGCCCUGCCUAGCCCAGCACACCGUCAGUUCUGUCAAACUGAUGACUAGACAAAAAUAUGUCGUUUCGUUUUCGUUCGAAAGUUUGACUGAAUCCAAGACCUACAGACAGGGUGUGCGAUUGGCCCCAUCUUGUUUUCUUAUUGUACGGGUUGCCUACUCGCAGUAUAUCUGAGGCGUCCAGCACGGCUGCAUGCAGUACAUAAUAACAACAAAAAGUACAGGCUACUAUAGGGCAGGAGGUGUAUGGGACGCCCUAUUGACUUGUUUGCAUAAUGUUUUGAAUAGGUUUUAUUUCUGGAAGAUGUGCUUUUCUUGUACAUAAAAACUUUAUUAGAUUUGUAGCUAUUUAUGUGGCUGUUUUAAGGGUGGCCUUUGCUUG